AUGAUCGAGGACAGCCUUGUUGAGCUCGUCUACUCAUCAAAUUUCAUCGAAGUCACCGGCUCUGAUUUUGACGUGACAGAGAAGUUGGGCCGUGCCACUUUCCGAGGUCGGCAGGUUCAGGCUGAAGUCGAACCAAACAGCCCAGAAUACGAACAAGCAAGAACUGCGUUGGUUAGGUUGGGGCGACCAAGCUCCUUUCAGGACGUUAUACAGAGUCGGCAAGAAAUCAUCAACCAUGCCAAUGCACUAAACUAUGCUAUCGAUCAUAUCAUCCUCAAUAGCGAACCAGUCACGGAAGACUUCCUUCGAGAGACACAUGGCAUAUUAUGUGCUGGCAGGGUCUUAGGGGAAGAUGCAGGACAGCCCGGGGUGUACAGGACUUGGGAAAUCGCCGCAAGACACGGUCAGGAUAUGAGAAAAAAGUCAAUUUUCAUACGCUCAUCAGCCGUUCCUCGCUACAUGGAGGAUCUUGUGGACGAUUUACGCAAGGAUAUGAUGGCAGCAGAAGAUAACCAGGUGAUUGACCCCUUUGAUAUGGCAAAUCGAUAUUGCCAUCGCCUUGUUUGCAUCCAUCCAUUCGGAGAUGGAAAUGGAAGGAUGUGUCGGAUUCUACUCAACAUCAUUCUCCUAAAGUACGCUGGAUUUGUCAGUACGUUUGGUGGCACCGAAGCCGAGCGGCAAGAAUAUCUGGACAUAGCAAAGCGAGCCAACAAGAAAUUCCAUGAAGAAGACAUGGAAGUUCCCGAGGAGGACAAGAAAGGUCAUCAUGAGUUGGCGAGAUUCGUGCUGAGGACAUCUAAGCAGACAUUAGGAAAGUUGUGGGCAUGGGCUAUGGUUUAA